AUGAACUACAAGAAAUUAGGAGGCAGCAGGAAGAUGAGAGGAUUUAUGUGCCAGCCUGAAGUGGCAACUGCAGUGUGCAUGAGCUGUGAUUCAAGGUCAGUUGUUGUUCCGGCGGCGAGGCGUAGAAUGUUGGUGGAAGAACAUGCAAAAUUAAUUAACAACUACUCUAAAUGUACUAGGUUAGGGGAUGUACCUCGUACACUUGGUUCUAUGCCUAUGAUCAGUACUGCUACUACUACCACUAGUAGUAGGAGAUCAAGAAAUGGUGUUGGCGCUGUUUCCUCUCUUCCUGUUUUGACUAUUAAGAAAGAUGAAGAAAAAGGUUCCCAAAUUGUUGUUCCUUCACUACUCUCUUCAGAUAACACAUUCCAGGUUGUUGUGAUGAGAGUAUCUCUUCAUUGUCAAGGCUGUGCUGGUAAAGUGAAGAAACAUCUCUCCAAAAUGGAAGGGGUGACAUCUUUCAGCAUAGACUUGGAUAGCAAAAGGGUAACUGUGAUGGGACACGUGUCACCUGUUGGUGUGUUGGAAAGCAUAUCGAAAGUGAAAAGAGCUGAAUUUUGGCCCUGA